CGAACUGUCAUCACUUAUGGCCGCUCCAACAAACGACGAGAAACAGAAACAGCAAUGUGUGCGAAUCAUAAUGGGUUUAUUAAAGUGAAUAUUAAGUAAAUUGUGCAAUCCAUAAAAAUCAAAAAGCACUUCGAACGUGCGCCUCUCACACCAUGGAAUCGUCCAUUAAGCUUAAGGACACCAACAACUGCAAUGCCACCAACAACAACAGCAGCAACGUUGGCAGCGGCGUCGCCGUGGGCGUCGCAGCAGCGCAUUCCAUCUGCAGCAGUGACAGCUUCAGCAUUAUGCCACCGCCUCAUCACGAGCUGGUCAGUGCCAACAGCAUCGAACUGAACGCAGCGGCCUCGCUGAGCGAUGACAGCGGCGUCCCACUGACCACCAACAGCUCCAUAUCUAGUGGCGACUCCUACCGCAUUGGCAUGUGCAAGUUCGAAAUCGAGAUGGUCGAGAGCGAUGGCGAGGUGUCGCAGUUCGAUUCGCUGGACAAUUGCUCGGAAGGCGGGAUGAGUGCCGAGAAUUUUAAUACGUUAAAAAAGGGCCCAUUGGCGCCCAUUGAUCCACCGCCUGAGUUUCAGGACUCGCCACAGACGACCCUGGUACGUUCCAUCUCGAAGAAUAUUGUGAAUAGCUUGCGUCGUUGGACUUCUUCGCAAUCAUCCUUCGAGCAUUUAAAGGACUACAGCGGCAGUGCCGGCGAUGAUGUGACUAUGGUGAGCGCCGUGGCAGCGGCAGCGGCGGCGGGCAAUGUAAACAACGAGCUGGUGUUGGUGCUGGCCACCGGCGUCGGCAUGGGCAUGGGCGUGGGCGUAGCCGGCAUGACGGAGAGUCCACCGUCGUGCUUGGAUCAAUUGGAUGGGGGCGUUUGCAAUCGGGAGCAGCAGCAGCAACAGCAGCUGCUCAAUGGCUGUCAGGAGCGUACGUUGAAGGAGUCGUACGCCAUCAACAAGCAUCUGUACUCGAGCGAUUCCAUACUGAACAGUCACACGGACAACAUAUACGAUGAGCCCAAUAAUAUAAUCAGCAGCUCGCUGGGCAACAGUGUGGACAUCAUUGAUGAGUCGGAUCAAUCAUUUUCAUCGCCUUUGCCCUCGCCACCGCCACCUGUCUCGAUAAUUAAAAUCAAGCAGACGCUGUGUCCAUACUAUCAGGAUCACACGCGCUACUUCAAGGCCAUACCCACAGAGCAGGACAGCAUUGCGAGCGCCAAGGCGGCGGCAGCAGCUGCGGCGGCCCAACAGCGCUUCAAUAGCGCCGGUCUCUCGGAAAUACAUGAUUAUGAUCUGUACUAUGGGGCGAAGCGGCAACAGGAGAGCAGUCUGCAGCGACGGCAGCUCCUCUACAGUCCGCUGGGCCACAACAGCCACUGUCACUAUCACCCCAAUCAUCAUCAUCAUGCCACGCACCAUGCUCAUGCCCAUCAUCACCAUGCCCAUGGGUGUGGCCAGCGUCCGAACUCGCGUAAUUCUCUGAACAGCCGGCUGAGCAGUUCGCACAACUCGCUGAAUGUGUCGUCGGCGAACAAGCCGGACGACUCCAUUUUUAUCACUCAGGCGAUGUCGCACGAUGCGCUUUUCACGCGCGAGAUAUCCGACUUCUACAAUGUGCCCAUCGACUCGGACAUCUAUGCCUUCCCCGUCGACAUGAUCGAGCAGCAGCGGGAGCAGCGCGACCUCGAGCUAGACAUCAACUCCGGCGGCAAGCAAUCGUCGAGCUAUCACACGACUGUUGCCUCCGGGAAGGGAGCCGGCGCGGGCAGGCGGAAUAAGCGGAAUAAGCGCAAACAACGGCAUGGUGGCGCCCAAAGCACGCACGAGACGAGCGACGAGUGUGGCGGGGAGAAGACGGGCAAGCAUGGCAAGUACCGCAUCCCCACCAAUGCGCUGCCCAGCGGAGGUGUUGGAGGUGGCAUUGGUAGCGGCAUCGCCUCAUUUCACAGCGAAAACGAACGUCACGAACCGCUCCACAUGACUCUAAACGAGGUGAAACAAUUCUAUCACACGCUCUACUCGGAUGCGGGUAAGUCAACCACAUCCAUGGGCAUGUCCUCGACAUCGGCGGCCAAUUCGCUGCACCACGGCUUGCAGGCGCAAGUGGCGGGCAAGAUGCCUUUGGUGAACGGCGUGAAGAGCUCCAAUGAGACCAUUUGGAGCAUUUCGACCAACACAACGACAACGACGGCGCGCACGCGCAGCAGCGUUGGCGGCAACACACGAGCAACCACCACCAGCACCACAACCACCACAAACAACACCGCCGGCAACGACAACAACAAAUAUCUCAGCAAACAGAGCAAACACAAUCUCGACAACGACAAGCUUAACAACAAUAACAAUACGCUGGGAAAUGUCAGCAACUAUUUGCAACAAGCCCCCUUGCCCCAACAGCAACAGCAACAGCAGCAGCAACAACAGCUCUCCGCGACAGAGAAGCUCCAGGAGCAGCCGAACAACAAGCAUGUCCUGCACACCGAAAAGAAGUCGCAGUUUACGCUUAAUCUGAAGCAGAAGUUCUGCAGCAUUUUCCGUUUUCGUCGCAACCACAGUCGCUGCCGAGCAGCGGCCGCCGCUGCUGCCGCCGCUGCUGCUGCUGCUGCCGCCUCGAACGGCACAGCGACCACAGAUACGGAGGAGGCGCAAAAUUGUCUGAAUCGCAGCCAUGUGGAGCACGGAGCCGCAGAUCUGCGUAAAAAGUUUCAGUCACGCGCCUUGCCACCAUUGCCAAAGAAGGCUUAUGCCAUUAAUGCCGCUGAGCCUGCGCAGGAUCUGGAGCAAAGGAAAGCAGCGUCUGAGCCGCGUGCGCUGCAAUUUACCUCAAGCAUUGAGAAAGUCAAAGACUACGGUUGGUAUUGGGGUCCGCUGUCCAGUGAGGCCGCUGAGAAGGUGCUAUCCAAUGAGCCAGACGGCUCCUUUAUUGUCCGCGACAGCUCAGACGAUCAUUACAUAUUCUCACUGAGCUUCAAGCUAAACAAUUGUGUGCGUCAUGUGCGCAUCGAGCAGGAUCAGGGUACAUUUUCGUUCGGCUCCUAUGCGAAGUUCAAAUCUCAAACUAUAACCGAGUUCAUUGAGAAGGCUGUCGAGCAUUCGCGCAGCGGCAGAUAUUUAUUCUUUCUGCAUCGCCGGCCGGAACAUGGACCAAUGCGAGUGCAAUUAACCAAUCCAGUAUCUAGAUUUAAGCAUGUACAAAGUUUGCAGCACAUGUGCAGAUUUGUUAUACUAAAAGCAGUUAUACGAAAGGAUCUAAUACAGACAUUGCCAUUACCAAGAAGACUUUUAGACUAUCUUAACUAUAAGCAUUGCUACUCCGAGCAGGUGGAGAGCGACAGCUCACACUCGCAGAUUUCCGGUGAUGGCUCCAUGUAAUAUCCAAAUAGGAAGACGACGGAUGGGAGCAGAAAGAGAAGAAAUGCUUGCAUGGCGACUUGCAUUGACUUGCAUAAGAUAAGGGGAAACGAAACAAAACGAACGGAGAAGCAAAAGCGAAAGCAAAAGAAAUUAUUAAAUUACAUAAGUAGUAGAAUUUAAAGGAAAUGCGUUAAAGCUUGACAGGCGCGAAAGCAUAAAGCGAAAGCGUUCACCAUUAACAGUUCAUUUGAUGCGCAGAAACCAACAAAAUGCAAGAGAAUCGAAAGGAAAGAGAAGAGAUGAGAAGAGAACACUUUAACACACAAAAUUGAAGAGCAAAAAACACUUUGUUUAUUGAACAUUUUUUGUACUCGGUGCUAUACUAUAAAAUAUUGACUAUUUAAUGAGAAAGCGAAACAAAACAAAACACAAUUAUAAUUAAUAUCGCGUAGUCAAGUAAAGAAAAUAAAAAUGAGAAUUAAUGAGAAGAGGGACAAGAGAACAGAUGUACAUAAGCAUAACACACCACACACAAACACAGACACUCCCUAGACACACACAAACGGUGGAGGAGAAGGAAGUGGAGGAGGACAGAACAUCUGAAACUUUGCGCACAAUUAUUGAGCGCAGUUCGAAUGGUUUUUGUUUUUGUAUUCGUUUUGUUUUUGUUUGAAUUAGAUUGAAUUUAAAUUGAAUGCUUGCCUUUAGCUGUGAUUUUAUAAAACAUGCGCAAAAAUUGUGAAUUGUGACUUAUUAUUAUGCAUAUAAAAACAAAUACAAAUACAUAUACAUAAUUAAUUGUCAUUGUGAAACGUUAGAAUAUGGGAAGGAAGGAAGGAAGAGUAUUCCACUUCUCACAACUCAACUCUUGCUCAAUAGGCGUGUGUGCAAAGUUUUUGUUGCACUGUAAUGUAAAACAACAACAAACAGCAAACAGAACAGAACCGAACACAACAUUAUGUAAAUCUUAACAAGCAUAUAGUACGUAUACAUAUUAUAUAAAUGUUUAUGUAAUAUUAAUUAUGUAUGUAUUUCAUAUAAUUAGUUGAUGUGCUCAAAAAUUAAUGAAUGAACGACAACAAACCAAACAACCACAACAACAACAACCGGAGAACCAACCCAUGCAUGCAAAUAACGUACUAGAAAUGUACAAUUCAUUUCUCAAUUGUUAACUAAUUUUGUUUUUAAUUACUUUCUGUAUUUUUGUUAUUAUGUUUUAA